ACUGAGACAAAAUACAUGCAUGCGAAUUGCCAAGGCAAAACCUCUAUAAAAACCUCCUUAAACUUAGCGUAUUCUAAUAUAAGCAAACCAGUCCAGCCAGCUCAUUGCUUUCUCAAUUUCCCAAGCUCCAUAAACCCACCGCCGGCGAAGACAAGAUAUUUGUUCAUGGAGCUCGUUCGUUGGUUGUUGAUCCUCAUUUGCAUUACGGUUACCCUUCUUUUGCAAAUUUCAAGCAAUGUAGAAGGAAGAUAUCAUCACCACAAAAAACAGAAGGAAAAGAGCUCCCCUGUUUCACCUUCCCCUGUUUCUGACCCUGCUCCUCCUCCUGGGAAACCCAUCACUUCGUCGCCAUCGAAUCCUCCGUCUGUUCCUUCCGAACCCUAUCCCAAUGAUCCACCGAACUCCCCGGACUGCAUUUUUGACGUCAGAGAUUUCGGAGCAGUGGGCGAUGGUUGUGCCGAUGACACUGCCGCAUUCAGGGAGGCAUGGAAAGCAGCUUGUGCUGUAGAGUCAGGGGUUGUUCUGGCUCCAGCUGAUUAUUCUUUCAAAAUUACUUCAACAAUCUUCUCAGGACCAUGCAAGCCAGGACUUGUAUUCCAGGUGGAUGGUGUUCUAAUGCCUCCAGAUGGUCCUGAUUCUUGGCCCAAAGCAGAUAGCCCCAACCAAUGGCUUGUGUUUUACAGACUUGAUGAUAUGACUUUCACAGGGAAAGGAACCAUUGAAGGGAAUGGACAGCAAUGGUGGGAUCUUCCUUGUAAACCUCACAGGGGUCCCCAGGGAUCAACUGCGAAAGGACCAUGUGACAGUCCUGCUGUGAGUAUAAUCAUCUUAAACUCAACUCAAAAAUUGAAUCAUAAACUGAAAUUUGUAACUAAGUUCAUGUUGUUACUUGUUCAGUUGAUUAGGUUCUUCAUGAGCUCAAAUUUGGUAGUGAGUGGCUUAAGAAUCCAAAACAGCCCGCAGUUUCAUAUGAAAUUCGAUGGUUGUGAAGGUGUUCUAAUAGAAAAGUUGUCCAUUUCUUCCCCUAAACUUAGCCCCAACACAGACGGAAUUCAUAUAGAGAACACAAAGUCUGUUGGCAUUUACAAUUCCAUGAUAAGCAAUGGUGAUGAUUGCAUCUCCAUUGGAACUGGAUGUGCAAAUGUGGACAUUGAAGGUGUCACUUGCGGGCCUAGUCACGGGAUAAGCAUUGGGAGUCUAGGAGUGCACAAUUCGGAAGCAUGUGUUUUGAACAUAACUGUGCGAAACACAAACAUAAGAGAAUCAGACAAUGGGCUGAGGAUCAAGACAUGGCAAGGAGGAUCAGGCUGUGUAUCAGGAAUAUCAUUUGAGAACAUACAAAUGGAGAACGUUUUAAACUGCAUAAUCAUAGACCAAUACUACUGCUUAUCAAAAGAAUGUCGAAACCAAACCUCAGCUGUGUAUGUCACUGGUGUCACAUACAGAAACAUAAAGGGAACUUACGAUGUUCGCCAACCGCCAAUCCAUUUUGCCUGCAGUGAUACAGUGCCCUGCACAAAUAUAGUAAUGGCUGAAGUUGAGCUUCUGCCGCAAGAAGGAGAAUUACUGGAUGAUCCAUUUUGUUGGAACGCUUAUGGUACUCAGGAAACUGUGACUAUUCCUCCCAUUAAUUGCUUGCAAGAUGGGCAACCUCAGAAAUUGGUAGAAGCCUCUGCAUACGAUUGCAGCAGCUGAUUGAUUAAUAGCUUUGCUUCUAUAAGUUCUACUUUAUAUUUAUAUAGACUUAUAUAUUAUUGCAUAAAUUACAAGACCUUGUAUCAUUAAGGGGUCUUGAUUAUUAUUUGCUUAGGCUUCAUCCCUUUUAGGGUAUUUUUUCCCCUUAUUGUGUGAUGAAAUAUAGUGCAAAAUGGGUCAAGUUUUAUUGGCCUUGUAUUAUAAUAGAUUGGAUGAUGUCAUCACGUUAGUACAAAUAUUCAAUAUAGUUCUAAAUGACUUGAUCUUUUUGAUGGA